CGAGCACCAUGAAGAUCCCCAUGGCUGCCCUCGCUGUGAUCCUGUGUGCCAUGGCUCUCAGCACCCAGGUCUUCACUCUACCACUGGGUGCCGACACCCCAAGCUCCUGCUGCUUCUCCUACGUCUCCCACCCGAUCAACUACAAGUUCAUAACUGACUACUUUGAAACGAACAGCCAGUGCUCCAAGCCAGGUGUCAUCUUCCUAACCAAGAAAGGCCGGCAGGUGUGUGCUGACCCCAACGAGGCUUGGGUCCAGAAAUACAUGGCUGACCUGAAGCAGAAAGCCUGAGAGGCUAGAAGCUGCAGGGAGUCCUGUGACCCUGGAGUGGCCUAGGUCUCACAAAUGGCCCUGCAACCUCCACAGCUACCUCUCUUACAUGCUGGUGGUUACCAAACAGCCACACUCAGGGAACCCCUCCUAAUUUAAAUAUUAAUGUAUUUAUACUAUUUAAUGUUAUAAUUUAUUUUUCUUGUCACACUGCUUGCGACUGCCAGCUCCAUGUGAUCCCAGGAUCUUUGGGGUCUGUGCUUCCUCCCCUUUGCUCACACUGUGAUUGGUGACAGUUGAACAGCCACCAGACUGGCCAGUAGGUGGUCAACCCUCUGGAUCUCCACUGUGUUCAGCCCAGUAAUGCAAUAAAGUUGCUCUUUUGAAAA